UCUCUUUCACAACAGUUGGAUUUUAUCCCUAGUUUUUUAUUUUUUGCAGAAAUUCAUUUUUAUUCAGCCUUCUCUUGAUGGAGUCACAUAAUCAUCGGCUAGCUAUCAAAUUUGAUGGAAAAAAUUACUCCUUGUGGUCAUCUUAUAUGAAGAAUUUCCUGAAAGGACAGGAUCUUUGGGGUUAUAUUGAUGGCUCCAUGUCUAAACCUACAGAAGAAUCAUUCAUCUCCAAAUGGGUCAUCAAUAAUGCAAAAAUUAAAACAUGGAUCAUGGAGUCUGUGGAGAGUUCUAUUGUUGCAAAUCUCAGUUCUUUAACGACAGCCAAAGAGAUGUGGGAUUACUUACAGAAAAUCUACAAACAAAGUAACGAGGCUUGAAUUUAUCAGAUAGAACAAGAGAUAAGUAUUCUAUCCCAAAACUCUCUUAAUAUUCAAGAAUUUUAUUUGGCUAUAACUAAACUUUGGAAUGAGAUGGAUAUGAUCAAUAACAACAUUCCUAAAGAAGCUCUUGAAACAGUUGUGCAACUCAGACAACAACAUUGAAAUUUUUUAUGAAGCUUCGUUUUGAAUUUGAACAUAUUCGUGCAUCCAUUCUUAAUCAUAAAACCAACCAUUGCAUUGAUGACAUCAUGGCUGAAUUACUUGCUGAAGAAACUCGCCUACAGUCAUUAUCAUCUCAUGAUUCAACACAGGAUAUGGCUCUUAUUGCUAGCACUUAUAAGCCCAAAGCUCAUGACAUUAGCAAGGUUGAAUGUCUUAAUUGUUAUGAGAUUAGGCACUUGGCUUCUCAAUGCAGGAAAAAGAAAGAUUCAGCAGCUCCUUAUUGUUGUUAUUGCAAGAAAGAUGGGCAUGUCAUAGAGAAUUGCAGAAAACGGCCGCCACGACAAAAUUUUAAAGCAUAUGUUGCCUCAUCCUCAUCCAACGGUACCGUUGCAGCCGUACCUUCUGAUUCAUCUGAUAACAAUUCUGGUCAGUGUUCAACUCUUUCUCCAAAAUUAUGCAACAAGACAUUCAAGCUCUUCAUGCCUCUGGUAUUGGACCUACGGACUGGGAAGGUGAUUGGGAUAAGCCAUAGGAAAGGGGAACUCUUCGUCUUGGAUUUGGGACAUUCUUCCAACUCAGCUACUUGUUUACUUGCUUCAUCCUCCAAUGAUAUGAACUCAACUAAUAAACUUUGGCAGCUUUGGGAUCAUUCACCAGUGAAGUUGUCCUCAUCAGCCACAACAAAAUGGCAUAACUGAGAGGAAGCAUAGAUAAUUUUCAGAGACUGCUCGAGCUCUUCGGCUGCAUGCCA